AUGGAUGUUCAUAAGAUUCAGAAAAAAUCAAAAGUUUGGUGUGAUUCUGAUGACGAAAAUGUCGAAAUUGACAUUUCCGAAAAUUUAAAGUUAAGGAAAUUAAGAAAAGUUGAUGGAGAAAAGUCAAUAGAUGGAAAAGAGUACUCAGAAAGACUGAGAGAAUUCCACAAUAAUAAAGUUUUUAAGACAAAAAGCAAUGAAUGGAUUUACAAAGCAAGAAAAGAAAUGUUUGAACCUGCUAAUCAAGACAAUUUAAGUCAAGAAAUAGUAGAUGAGGUAAAAUCCGAUACAAAAGCAGAUUUUGAAGCUUCUCGUGAAAUAAAAACGGGUAAAAUUUAUAGAUAUAUCCAAGAUUACAAAAUUACAAGAAAUAAUAGAUUAAUUAAAAACGGACAACGUCUCAUAAACCGAUCAAAGAUUGAUAUUAAAAGACUAACUAAUGCUAAUGUACAAUCUCCGAGUGGAUGUGUUGUUAAGUCAUUAGAGUUUCAUAAAGGACAACAUAUUGAAAAUGGAAACAAUACAUCGUUGUUAUCAGUUAGUGGCUGGGAUAAGAAAAUAAAGUUAUUUAGUGUAGAUGGUGUUGAGAAUAAGUUAAUAUCAUCUUUAUUUUUUGAUAACUUUCCAAUAUAUGAGUCAAAAUUCACAAAUUCGACUGAAGAAAUAAUGUUUUUAGGUCCACGUUCAAGAAUUGGAGUGUUUGAUUUAUUAGAAGGAAAGAUCAACUUUUUACCUGGAAUAGCAGGAAGAAAAGACAAAAGGUAUUGGAAUUUGACUAUUCAAAAAAGUGAAGGACUUGAUAGAUCUUAUAUAGGUUUAUCUACAUCUAAUGGUACUAUUUUAGUUCUGGAUGAACAAACCAAACAACUUGUUCGUUCUUUUAAGAUGAAUGAAAGUGUUACAGGCUUAGCUUUUCACCCAAUUGAAAAUGAUCAAAUUAUUUCAACCAGUAAUACUGGUGAAAUAUACAUUUGGGACAUUAAUACUGGAAGAUGCAGAGAAAGAAUCGUAGAUUAUGGAUCUCUCUGUAUAACCAGUAUUGUCUCAUCUUAUAGAAGUAAAGUUCAAAGAAAAAGCGUCUCUUCUUCCUAUGUUAUGACUGGUUCUACUACAGGAUAUGUUAACAUUUAUUCAUUAGGAGAUGAUAUUCAAAGAAUUGGAGAAAAAUCUGAAAAUCAAAGUAAAAAUUCUGAAUUUAAGAUUCCAAAGUAUAUUAUUAAUAACAUAUGUACUAGUAUUACUAGCAUGGCUAUACAUCCCAGAAAUGAAAUUGCUGCAAUUUCCACAAAAUGGACUAAAGAUUCUUUAAAGUUAAUUAACUUAUAUACUGGUCAUGUAUAUAGUAACUGGCCCACAGCAAGAACCCCCUUAAAAUACGUAACUUCAAUGGAUUUUUCAGAGUACGGAGGUUAUCUUGCAGCAGGUAACGACAAAGGUGAUGUAUUAUUAUACAGAAUCAAUGAAUAUAUAUGA